GAAUAUUAAUUAUUUUCGUAAUCGUACUGGCAAGUUUCAUAGGCUGACAUUUAUUUAUUAUCAUCGACUGCACGAGUUUGCAUGCAACUUGAUAUUGCACGACACGAACAAAAAUAUUGAUUGUUUUUACAUAAUUGCAUUUCCUUAAUACCGAGCUCUAAUGGCUGCGCAAGAAGAUGAUGAUGAGGAUGUUGCGUUCAACGUUGAAGACGUACAAAAAAUCGUAAGAGACAAUAUAGAGCUCUGCCUUGGAGGAAAUACGUACAGCCACUCCCGAUGCCCGCAAUGGAUCUCUAUCAUUACGGACAAGACCCUCGCAAGAUUGAACAAACUUAACAAGCCUUUUAAAUAUAUCUUGAGGAUUACAAUAACACAGAAGAAUGGAGCUGGUCUGCACACAGCCGCUGCUUAUUACUGGGACACUGCUACCGAUGGUACAUGCACCGUGCGUUGGGAGAACAAAUACAUGUAUUGUAUAGUCAAUAUUUGGGGUCUUGCUUUACAGCUUUAAUUAAUUUCACGCUAUAUGAGUGUUAGACGAAUUGAUUUACUAUUGAUAACCAUCAUUUAUGUAAUUAUGAGGAUUUUAAUAAGUUUUAUGUAGGUUAGCAAGGAUGUCUGGGCAUCAUCUUACACGCGCUUAUAAAGCCCAGCAAAAACGCGCGUCUAUUACUUUAGUCUGAAAGUGCUCUUACUGUACUUAAGCUUGAAUGGCUAAUAAAAAGGUUCAUUGAAACUUUGAAUCAACAGUACUUAGUUUUGAGUAGGUAGGCAUUGGAUCUUGUGUGGUCUAUUUUCUGAAUAAGCUUUUUGUUAUAAUUUUGAGAACAACUCUUUUGUUUGCUCAUCCCAACACAUGUAUCAGAUAUUCAAGUGUUUUUGCGUGUUCUGGCUUCCGGGUUCAAGUAGCAAAAACGCAACCCUUGUAAAACAUUUUUUGUGAUACACUUUUUGGAGCAUGUGGCCAUAUGGCUACCUUCACCAUUUUGUUUUUUAAUAUCCUGAUGGGUACAUCUUUUUUCGCUGUUUGUUUAUGAAAUCUUGGUGCGGUUAUAAUUUCAACAGUCUUUCUUUUUAUAUAUUUUUCCUGGUAUGUUAUAAUGUUAUCACAAAGCGAAUAUUAAAUAAAACAAAAUAUAA